AUGGCUGGAUCUGAAGCAUGGCCAACUGUUCCUCAGGGAAACAGAGAUCAUACCGAAGCUGCGGUCGUGAUUAUCGGUGGUGGCAUCAGUGGCAUGUGCACAGCAAUCGACCUUAUCCAGCGUAACAAGUGCAAGAACUUUGUCAUACUAGAGAGAAGUGGUGGUGUAGGUGGCACAUGGAGGGAUAACAAGUACCCGGGUUGCUGUUGUGAUGUGUGGUCGCAUCUGUAUAGCUACUCGUUCGAGCAAAACUCGGACUGGACUAGAGAAUACCCUGGUCAGGAAGAGAUUCUGAGAUAUCUCGUCGGCGUCGCCCAGAAGUACGAGCUGUACCGCUACGUUCGUUUCAACAGCACAGUUGAGUCUGCCAAAUGGGACGAUGCUACCAAGAAAUGGCACGUUGAUGUUCGAGUUGAAGGUAGUAAGGACUCGGAAUUUGGUUCUCAGUACAUUCUAAAGAGUGAUUUCCUUGUCAGCGCUGUGGGACAGCUGAACCAGCCAAAAGCGCCGAGCAUUGAAGGUAUCGAGACAUUCAAAGGCAAGCUUAUGCAUUCUGCAAGAUGGGAUUGGUCAUACGAUCUGAGAGGCAAGAAGGUUGCUAUCAUUGGCAACGGUGCGACCGCAGCCCAGAUCAUCCCCGAGAUAGUUAAAGAGGUAGAUCACUUGACUAUACACCAGCGAACACCGAACUGGGUGAUCCCGCGACUCGACGAACCUAUUCCAGAGUGGAAGCGAAGCAUGUACAGGUACCUGCCAUACGUACGCCACAGAAAGAGAGCAGACAUGAUGGACUUCCGAGAGGCAUUCUACAAUGCAGUCUUCGACAACAAUCACCCAGUUGCUCAAUUUUUGGAAGGCCAAGCAAAAGAUCAUAUGCGUGCGCAGCUUCCUGACAGGCCUGACCUUUGGGAGAAGCUGCAGCCCAAAUACAAAAUAGGAUGCAAGCGAGUCAUCAUCUCCGACGACUAUCUACCUGUGUUCUCGAGAGACAAUGUCAAGCUGGAGACUGGACGCAUCGACAGAAUCACGGAGAAAGGUAUCGUAACUGAUGGCCAUGAAGAGGAAUACGAUCUCAUCAUCUGUGCCACCGGCUUCAAGACUGUGGAAUUCAUGCACCCAAUCGAGAUUACUGGCAGCGCUGGGCGUACACUGCAAAGUGUCUGGAAGGAGGGUGGAGAGGCUUUGUAUGGUAUUACCGUCGAAUCACUCCCGAACUUUGGCAUGCUUUACGGACCCAACACCAACCUAGGCCACAACAGUAUCAUAUUGAUGAUCGAGGCCCAGAGUCGAUACAUCAAUGCUCUCAUCAAGGAGGUUCUUCAAGCACGAAGAGAUGGCGGCCAACUGACUAUCAAGCCCAAGGAGCAAAGAGUGAAGACAUACAACGAAGAGAUCCAGCGCGAACUACAACAGAGCUCUUUCAACGAUCCUGGAUGUGGCAGCUGGUACAAGCGUGAAGACAAUGGCAAGAUCACACAAAACUGGUCAAGAACGGUAGUUGACUAUCAAAAGAUGCUGAGCAACAUCGACUGGAACGAAUAUGAAGUGUCUGGGACCGGGGCUGAUAGGUUACAAGAAGGCUACGUUACCAAGAUAGGUCGUGUUGUCGAGGAAUCUCUCGUGAGCUACCAGACUAUGGGAUUAACCGCUCUUGGUAUAGCAGCUGCUGGAGCAGCCGUGGCUCUGAGAAGUGGGGUCCGAUUGAGAUUGCGGUGA